ACAAACAUGGCGGUCGGGAAGCGAGUUUUCCUUGUUUUCGGUUCAAUCUUUGCUUUGACAUCGAUGCUAAGUAAAAGUCUAGGCAAUAACAUCGUUGAUGAACAGUGCUUUGAGGAAUCAUGUGGCAGAGAAUUUGAUCCUAAAGGACCACUUGUUAAGUGCAGUUUCUUGUGAGUAUAAGUCUUGUUGUGUUUUAUUUUUUGAUAAGAUAAGCUUACAAGCGUCAUAAGCAUUUAUUUCGCAUACGACAAUCGCAGGCUAUUUCAUACAGACAGUUGAUAUGAAUAGAGUCGAACUAUAGAUGUGUAAUAAACAGAGAUGCCAACCUCUGGAGACCUAAAAUCGGGAGACUGUCUUUUUUUCACUAUCCCCCCCCCGAAUUUCAACGAAACUCCCCCUCCCCGAAGAAUUGACCCAGCCCCCAAUAGUUACAAUGGGAAUGACUCAGGACAUUAUAUGACGUCUUACAUGAUGUACAUACUAUCAAAAUUCGAAAUCAUCAUUUUGAUGCUAGAAAUAAUCUUUGUCAAUGACUAAAUACGUGCAAAAAUGCCUCAGAAACUGUACUGGGAAUAAGAAAAAUUCAAGUUUUGAGCUAAAAAUGGGCUUAAUCUCAAAUUAAGUCUGCUUUAUUUUUUUGCGAGGUAUUCAGUGUUUAUAGUGGUCGUAAAAAGCGGCAGAUUUAUGUACCAAAGCACGAGAGCGGGAGACGAGGCAAAAAAGCGUAAGUCUCCCGCCAAAAGCGGUAGAGUUGGCAUCACUGAAUAAAUGUGUGGGGCUGUACGCAAAUAUGGUCAUCUCCUUUACUACGAGCAGCUGCUGUUAAAUCAAAAUUAAAUCAAAUUAAAUCAAAGUUAAAUUAAAGUUAAAGUUAAUAAUUAAUGAUUAAAGUUAAUAAGUUAAUAAUUAAAGUUAAUAAUAAUUAUUAUUAGUAGUAUUAUUAAUUAAUAUUAUUAUUAUCAUUAUUAUUAUAGUGAUAAUAAUAAUUAAAAAUUAUUAGAUAAGACUGAGGAUGAUUUGAAGAAGGAUAACACUGUCAGAGAUCUCCAGUAGGGACCUGUCAGAAAUUAGCAGGGGGGGAGGGGGGAUGGAAACAGAGGGAGGGUCACAACUUUUUGAGACUCCUAAAAGGUAGGGUUCAUGAAAAAUCUGCCGUUAAAAGGGGGAGGGUCAUGCAAAUAUAUGCCCGUGAUCAUGGAGAGGUUCACCCACAGAAGAAGAAGAAAGUUCUUUAUUUGAUAAAAAAAAAAAGAAAAAAAAAGAACAGUGGAACAUUAUGGAUAUAAACUGUGAAGUACAAUGGCAAGAAUUAAACAAACAUCUACUUUUCAUUUAUAACAAUGCCAUAGAGUCUUAUCGCAUUUUUAUUGUGAAUAAUGUUAUUAUUAAUGUUAUUAGAGUUUCGGCUAUCCUUUUCAUCACUGUCUUCAGCAUCACGAUCAAUGCUGGUGUGAGCAUCUUGAUCAUCAUCAUUUAUGUCAUCAGCAUUGAUACAAUCACUUUCAUUAUCAUCAUGAUUUUCGUUUAAGUUGGAGCGUAGAUAUUGCUUGAUAAUUUCCUGAGAUUCAUUGGUGAACAAUCCCUUCUCAAAGGCAUAUUGGAUAUAUGGCCUUUGUGUUUUGAGGAGCCCACUUAUUCCUUCAUAAUGAAGAGAUAAUGGACCAAUAGGCUCUGUAACAUCAUGCCGAUCUUGCUGAGGUGCAGUGGUUUCAAUAACUCUUUUGCAGUUUACUUCCAUUCUUUUUGUCCUAGCUUUUGUUGCUUUCCUUUUAUUUUGUUUUUGUUUCCUUUUUUUUUCUUGUUGGCUUGGAAUACUUUAAGAGCACCUGGAACAUUUAAGAGCCUGGAACAUUUUUCUUUCAAUUCUGUAAGGUGGGGAGGGUCAUGAUAUUUUAGGCCAAGCGCAAGGGGAGGGUUAGCAAAUUUCACGCCCAUUGCAGGGAUGGGUCACCUAAUUUCCGAACCCAAAUUUAAAAUUCCCACCCCCCCUCCCCCCCUGCUAAUUUCUGACAAGUACCUUAUGUUAUAUUCUUCAGAUCAUACAAAAGCCAAAUCCAAUAACUCCUAGUUUAAAAAUCAAAGGCUCCUAGGAGCAAGCUCAUGGAUGAAUUGAAUUAGUGUAGAAAAGACAGUUCAUUAAGAAAAGAAAAACAUAUAAAUCUUUUUGAAUGGUUCAUUGUGUACUUGCCAAAAUACAGCGUGACUCGAAGUAUCCAAUUGCAUGUGUACCUGAAUAUUCUAGAAACUUUUUAUCAGCGCAGCAUUUCGAAGAUCACAUUUAAAAGCAAUUUUUAACGCUUUUUAGUUGUAAAAUAGUUUGCUUUCCCAUGUGAUUGUCAAACACUUUCCGAACGACAGUGCACUUUCUUGUAAAAUAGUCAAGUUUCACAUACAUGAGUUUUAUUUAAACCGUGGUUUUGAAAGUGCGAUGCUAUCAAAUAAAUGUUUCCAUAUGAUGAGUAUGUAACGGUUUGUAUAUACAGUACGAGCUCUAUUAAAUACACAAUACAGGUGUUUAUGGCUAAAUUGAACUGCUUUAGAACGCGCUUUUGAUAAACACGAGCUAAAAAUUAUUUUAAUACAUGUAAAACGGAUUAAGCUCAAAGCAGUACGUGCUCUGACCUAGCCAAGUAAUUUAAACGCAGUCGAAGUAUCCGAUUGCCUUUCGCCAGAGACUUGUUUAUACCAGCACAGCAUCUCUUGUAGAAAUUACAUUAAUAGCACUGCUAAAUGGAAUCACCGACAAACAAAAGCCUACUUUAAGGCAAAGAUCACCUAAGAUUCAAGCAAAAUAGCGUAACGCUUGUUGGUUCUAAAACCUGUGCUUCUAGUUGACACAACAUUAAUUCAUUGCCUGUUUGCAUACGAAUACAAAUGGUCAAACGGAUUCGUCCAAAUAACUGAAUAAACCUCAAUAGAUACUCCUCUAUGUUGCUUUAACAAUUCGAGGACAGUUUUUUUGCAGUGAUUAUAAGGCUCUUUGGUUUAUUCGCUUUUCGCUGAACGAAAUCCCAUCGUCAGGCUGCAAUAGCUCUUUCACACUCCUGUUGAUCGCAUCUUCUCCAUAUCAAGUACAAUAUCAGGAGCAAAUGUGCACAAUUCGUCCAAAUAUACAACAAUGGUCCACGCUCAAUUAUUUCAAUGUCCUUUUAACAAUUCUAAGUCGAUUUCUUGUGGAUGAUAUUAUCAGUGUUCUUUAAAAUAUUGUUAUUUAAUCAAAACCCAUCUCUAUAACUGAUGUGUCGGGAAAAAACAUUCGCCUUACUAGUACCCUCUAGAAUAUUCCAAACAUAUACGUAAAAGGCACUUGGAAAAAAAGUAAUACUAAGAAAGGGAGAUAGGAGUAACGUGUUUAAUCUGACUUUAAUGAAUAAAUUAAUGAGAAUCGAGUGAGUGAGUGAUUGAGUGAUCGAGUGCCAUUCAAGUGCCUCCAAAAGCCCAUGGCAUGACUACGUCAUCCAUGAGCUAACAAGCUGAAAAAAUGCUUACUGUGAUGGAUGUUAGUUCCCGUCUUCAUUUGCCUGUUUCUUGGCAAAUUCAUUUAAAAAACAAGUGGAUGUUUAUUUCUGAAGAUAUUCUGACUCCAGCCAGUAUUUGUCAUUUGUUGAGUUGUAUUCUUACUACUCUUGCUUUGUUUUUGGGCAGUACUUCAGCUUGUUCUGCCAUUUUGUACUGCUCUACCCAACCUUGUCCCAGGGCUUCUUGGUUGCCAUCCCUUUUUUGCCAGUAACAUUAACCCUGUACUAUUUUUGUAUAUAUUGACAUCAUUUUCUGGAUAUCUCAAGUGUCUUCCAAAAUAAGAUGGAUAGCGCUCACAGGUUAUUUCUGAGCCAAUCAGAAAUGGAGAAUUAUUUUAAAUGAAUAAUAAAGGUAUAAGAUCAGCCAGUGCAUAAAGCUAGAAAUAAUAAUAGUGACAACAACAACAAUAAAAAUGACAUUGAUCGGGAGAUGUACGUGCAAAGGCAGUAUUUAAAGGGAAAACCAAUGCAAGAAGCUAACUAGGACACCAGUAUUAUUUUAGUGUUUUAAGCGUAUCUCAUAUUUUUGGCUUCUUAUAGACCCAUGGAUUUUCUUCAGUGUGACCCUCCAGUUGACUUAAAUGGAAAUGAUACUGCAAGACAAGAAUCUGGUUAUGGAUGUACUAAAGUAUGCCUAAGUAAAUAAUAUUAUUAUAACACACUCCCUGCAAGGAUCCUUGUAGGGAUUACAUAUGAUAGACUAUAAACUAGCCUUCCCGGGAUGUGCAAAAAUGGGAGCAGGAGGGGUAGGAAAACAUGAUGUUUCACGCAUUCUUGAAGAUGUGCCAUUCAAGACUUGGAAUGAGAAAAAGUAAUACACAACAAUUAACCCUGUAAGCCGCAAAAGUGAUCAUAUUCAAUUUUCUCCUACCUGUUCAGGUUACACAAAUUAAUAAAAUUAUCACCUUUAUUUUCUCUCAAAUUAUUCUCGAGAUGAAUUUAUAAAGAUCAGUUUACAGAAAUCGGGCAUGAAAGGUUAAAUUAACUAUCACCUUAUCCUGGAUUCAUUGAAUGCACACUGAACUGGAAUGUGAGAAAGUUCUUUCUUACAAGCAAAUGAAUUUAUGUUCCCAAUAAAAUAACUGACAAGUUAAAAUUCCACAGCAGCAGGAAACAAAAUAAUAAUAUUGCUUAUAAACAAGCAUGGUUGAGGAGUUCAACUUGUGACUACCAUGAAAUAAACCCAUGUAGAGGUCAGUGGAGGAAUAGGCCUUUUGCAGGUGUUGGUCAUCUGAUCAACUUCUGUAAACACGAAAACAGUUCACUUUUGAAACAUUUUGUUAGCAGGAUAUGAAAGAGCAUAUUAAAUUUAGGUAACCUGUAAAUUUUCAACAGUGCACCUCUAAAACUGUGACUGCAAUGGCUGCCAAAAAUUAGAAGGAUUUGUAGGGGAAAACAACGCUUUGCCACCCAGUCACACUUGAAUGGUUUUCGAUACAAAUCAUUGUAAAUUUUGACAGUUUCAAAUUGUCCUAAAAUCUUUGCCUUAUGCAUGCAUUACAGGACUCAAACUUUCUAUUGUGAACAAAAGAAAAUUUGAGUUCCUUAAUGCAUAAGGAAAAGAUUUUAAUGACAGUUUGAAAAUUUCAAAAUUUACAAGGAUUUGUACUAUGAAAAGCCAUUCAAGAGUGACUUGAUGUCAAGAGUUGUUUUCCCAUACAAAUCCUUUGCAAUUGCCACUUUUGUGGUAUAUGGCUGAAAAUUAGGUUAUCAAAUUUUAAGAUGCUCUUUCAGUUCCUUCUAACAAAAUUAUUGAAAAGUGAGCUGCUUCGUGUUUACAGAAAGUUGAUCAGGUGGCUAAGUAUUAAACCCAGAUCUGUGAAUUACAAUUCCAGCACACACUGACGGCUUGUCCAUGUUGCCCCUUUUUUAAAAUUAAUAUUGACCUUACGCUGGAUGAUUGUUGCUUAAAUAUGUGAUGUUUGGUUCCCUUGUUGUUAACUCUGUUAAAUAGCAUUCAACUGCAUUCAAAUUUCAGUUUGGAGGCUCAAAGUAUGAUGAUGUGCAACAUACAAGAGUAUGGUGUGAGGUCUUACAUGGAAUAGAAUGCUUUGGAGAAAGGAGAUUCCUCAGUAGUGAAACGUUUCCUUGCAUCAAGUAAGUAGUUCAGUAUUAAAAUGGCAUGCACACAUGCAUGUAACUAUGUAUCAAGGCUGGAGAAUAGAAGCUUGUGGACACAGGUGUAUUUCUGGUCGUCGCUUCUCUCCUCCUGAAAUGUAAUGUUUGCGAACCUGAGCGGUAAAACGGUUUCUGUGACAUAAAAACUUUUGUUUUGAUGUUGGCCAAUCAGAUCAAAGGGUAGAUUACAGCUUGAGUUCAGCUUGAGUGUCCAGCUCCUUGCAUUCUUGUGCGCUUGCGUGUCUAGGAUUUUGGCGAGUGUUGGAACGUGAAUUUCACACCUAUAACAAGGUUUCCUGGGAUGUUGAAUGCUGACGUCUUUGUAAGCAAUGGCUUCUUAAGCUAUGUAUGUUGUGUAGGCCUUUGGUUUCACUUUAUGAAAUAUGGUAGUACUUGACAUAAACAAAACUUGGACAAAAUAAUCGCUAAAGCUAAAGGAAAAUAAUAUGACAUUGCGCUCAGACUCACGAUUACUUUUAUUUCAAUUUAACCAGGGCUAACAAAAGGUGGUGCAUUGAUUGUACAGACACAUCCUGCACUGAGUCAAAAAUCUCUGACAAACGCUGUUAAUAAUUCCAAAUCCCGCAAGUAUCACCAUUAUACAAUAAUGUGAAAUAUUAUUAACGUGGGCAUGACUCAACAUGCAAUAAAAAUUAAUAUUUACAGAAGUGAAUUUAUCAUAGUCAAGGUGACAACGCUUCAACUCAUCUUAAAGAAAACUAUAGAAAUUAAAACCUUGAAAAGAACAUGUAUUUAAAGAAUUAAAAGAACAACUCUAAUACGCUUUUGAUCUGAUCAAAUUUUUGCCUGAACCAAGAAGCAACCAUGAAUGGGAAAUUAAUUACCACAAUAAUGUCUUACAGCGUAGCUUUCAAAGAUAAAGGAUACAAAACAAUAUCUCCAGCGGCACACAGCAAACUGUCAAAGAGUCCUCCAAAGCAGACUUUCCUGCGAGAAACAGGAAAGGAACAAAGAGCAUGAUGCAUCUACGUCAUUAAGACAUCGUUUUGAAUAUGACCCAAACAGCAAGGUGUGAUGAAUAAUUGACUCCGUAGGCAAAAAGAUAAAAAAAUUCCUCUAAUCUCUUCUUCAUUAUGAAUCCUCUUGGUGCUUAUUUCAUCAAUAAGUCCCCCAAUCCUGGCAAAUUAACUUUCAUAAACGCAUCUUUCUAAGGGGAAGGGGUGGCUGUACACAAGUUACAUCAUCCACGAUUCAUUUUUGACUUGUAAAUAUGUCCACUGUGCAUGAUCUUACGAGAAGUCUCACGAGUUAGCUCCUUGAUUUUAAGAGCUAAACUGUGAUUGGCUAGUAAUGCCUUAUGUCAUGGAAAUUGUUUGGCCAGUCGGGUUCGCAGACAUUACUUUUUGGGUGGAGAGAAGUGACGACCGGCAGUGUAUGCACGUCUGUGUCCGCAGGCUAGGAAAAAAGUUGUUACAGUUCAAAAUUGAAUUCAGGUUAAAUUUUUUAACGUAGGUUGAUUCUCAAUUUCCUUGGUCUCCUAGCCCUAAUUAUUUAGUUUCAAAUUCGUCGCAGCCACUGAAUAGAAACACUGAAGACUCAUUUAUACAGGGUUAGCCUUGGCCUAAUAUGACAGUAAAGUCCUUGGAACAACUAUGUCUAUUGUUUUCUUUCUUUAUUUAUUUAUUUAUUUACUUUUUUAUUUUGAAACUCAAAUUCAGGCACCUUCUCAUCGGUAUUUGUGAAUAUUUUACUUAAAGGGUCAAAGCUGACCCUGUACAAAUGAGUCUUUAGCGCUUUUACUCAACAGCCAGAAUGAAUUCAAAACUGGCUUAUUCAUUGUUACAUUGUAAUUUAGUAGACCAAUAAUGUUCAUUAUCUUUAUUGUGUCAAGUUGAAUUUAGCGUCUCUACUCACUCCUUGCUGCUUGGGACUUUUGCCAGGAGGGACAUUUCUGCCUCAGCAACAGAAAUUCCAUACAGAUGAUGUAAAAUCUGUCCGGAAUCUGGUCAGGAGCUCUGACUGGUCAGUGUGGUAGUUAAAUUGUGUUCAGACAAAAGACAAAUGGUCACAAAGGGCAAAUGCAAACAAUAUGAAUCUACUAAAAAGCAGUCACUAUUUGUGGAAUAUAUUUUCCUUUAGAGAACUUAAAACUUUUGCUGGAGCUUGUUCGCAGAAGGACACAAAACUUUACCUUAAUAGUCUAGGAGACACAUAAAAUCUUAUGACUGCUGGAUUAAUUAUGUAAACAUUGAUUUACAUCAUUAGUAUGGAAUAUCUGUAGCUUAGGCACAUACAUCCCUCAUGGCAAAAUGUCUCUUCUAGGCAAGGAGCCAGGAGAGAUAGCUGUUUUGCAGGCUACAGGUAGGUGAAAUCUGAUUUUUGACAAAAUAUAGGAAAUGUUCCUCACCAUGUGCUGCAUCCUAAGGCACCUUCAAUACAGUCAGUUGCCUUUGUUUCAUGUAACAUUACUAAACCUCUGACUACCUUGCUUUAAAACUGGCCUGAAUUUCAGACGAUUACUUCAAGUUUUUUCUCCUCUCAGCAACUGAGGGAGUAAAACCAACUCCAAGUAAUCGUCUGAAAUUCAGGCUAGCUUUAAAACCUUCUUUUACAGUUUUAACGUCAGAUAAUGGCAUUAAAAAGGUUAACCUUUUAUUCACACGUUCUGUUAUGGAUUGAUUAUAUGUUGUGGUUCUGGUCUCCAGAUACUCUGGCCAUCGGUUUGUGACCACCCUCUUGUACUCCAUUCUGUUGGGAUUCCUAGGCGUGGAUCGCUUCUGUCUGGGUCACACUGGUACAGCUGUAGGAAAACUAUUAACACUGGGUGGACUGGGUAUAUGGUGGGUGGUGGAUGUGAUUCUUCUUAUUACAGGAAACUUAAGACCGAGUGAUGAAAGCAACUGGGUGCCAUACUAUUAGCUAUGGAAUUAGCAGCAUCCCACUGCAAUUAUAGCUGCAUUUUGUGUAGAACUACCAGUGGCCGAUCCAGGGGGAGGCGCCCCCCUUAUUUUUAGACCAAACUGAGGCCCAAAGGGCCAAAAAACUUUUUUGGAGACCCGCCCUUAUCUAAAGGUCUGUAUCAGCCACUGAGUACAUUAUGGCAACUUUCUGGUGCUGAUCGAUGUGAAGGACAACUCAUCAAGAUUAUCUCCCGUGAAGCCAUUCCAGGCAACAAGGAAAGCUGUUGUCCAGAGGAUUACAAAAAACUCUUUGAGAAAAUCAUACAUUUGCUUGUUGCUGAAGUAUCCACUUUUAUAUCAAUUGUGCAGUCUCAAGGUAAAAAAAAACUUUUACUUCAGUGGAAUAGUGAAUGGUUUGAAGCCAGAAGUCAUUCCAUUGAUUGGUCAAUUCAGUCGUGGUUUUAUUGGUCAUCUGUCAGUUAAGCCGUGAUGUCAUUGGGUAUGAAGAGUCUACAUGUGAUUGGUGCGUUUCAAUUGCAAUUUAUGUUUGAAGUGUCUUCUGUGUGGCCUCACUCAAAAGAACAAGAAUUAACCGAGAUGCAAAUAUCAGGACCUGUAUCCGUCGAAGAGCAGUUGAAUUUAAUUCCGAUUUAAAUCGUGUCUUAAACAAAAAUUUUUUAUCUCGGUUCAUGUAUCUGGUAGGAGCCUAUAAAAAGUUGUUUGGUCUUCACAGUUCAAAAAUGUUUCAGAGGAAGGUAUGUAAACCCUGUACUGGGUUAAAAUAUUAAUUGAUGCUGGUUUCCAGCAGCUUUAAAGCAAAUUUUAUUCAGGCCAUGAAAAUCUAAUAGAAAUCC